GCUGUCCUGUGGACGGUGGCUGGGAGUGUGGCGAAAGUGCAGUUGCCGAAGUGCAGCGAGACCCGAGACCCGGGAGGAGGAAGCGAGCGCUGCUGCUGGGCUGAGGGGCUCCUGGCGCCAUGGGCCGCCUGCACUGCACGCAGGACCCGGUGCCGGAGGCUGUUCGCGGUGACAUGCAGCAGCUGAACCAGCUGGGCGCGCAGCAGUUCUCAGACCUGACAGAAGUGCUUUUCCAUUUCCUAACUGAGCCCAGAGAGGUGGAGCGCUUUCUGGCUCAGCUCUCUGAAUUUGCCGCCACCAAUCAGAUCAGUCUUGGUCCCCUCAAAAGCAUCAUGAAAAGUCUCCUUCUGGUUCCAAAUGGUGCGCUGAAGAGGGGCCUCACUGCAGAGCAAGUGCGGACUGAUCUCCUGACUCUAGGUCUUGGUGAGGAGAAAGCCACUUACUUUUCUGAAAAGUGGAAGCAGAAUGCCCCAGCCCUGGCACAGUGGGCCAUGGGUCAGACCCUGAUGAUCAACCAGCUGAUUGAUAUGGAGUGGAGGUUUGGAGUGACGUCUGGAAGCAGUGAACUAGAGAAAGUGGGAAGCAUAUUUUUACAGUUAAAGUUGGUGCUUAAGAAAGGAAAACAAACUGAAAAUUUGUAUAUAGAAUUAACCUUGCCUCAGUUCUACAGCUUCCUGCAUGAGAUGGAGCGAGUCCGAGCCAGCAUGGAGUGCCUUAGCUGAUCCUGUUUCUUGUUCUGUUCCUGCCUCUUCUCUAAAGGCUGCUCCAGGGGUUCAGCUGCCCUGGGAGUCCAGGUGCAAUGGGUUUCUGAAGACACCAGGGUUGAAUAUGUGGUGUCCUGUGUGGUUCUUCUGUAAGCCCCUCUGGGGAGCCACCACCCCCAUCUGGGUUGACUUUACACCUGAAUCCUCUGACAGCCCUUGCGUCUGGGACUGUUUUCUUUCUUUUGGGAGGGGGUUAUUGUUACCUCCCAUUAAACAGUAAACAAAUGGUUCCUUCAGUCA